GCCGACGAAUCGCUUCUCUGGUUUUGCCAGGAAAUUUAUGAUUCUUGUGCAGCCGCAAUUCGGGACUUGCAGCAAUCCAGACUGCAGGACUGUUGGGCCACACCUGCCAUCUCGAGGUCAACGACACCCAACCAGCAUUUCAGGACUCCGCCUCGUUCGACUGGCGAGACUUGGAUUUGAACAUCAGCUUCCCUCAAAUACGCCAGACAAUUCAGCCUCGUUUCACACAAUUGCCCCGUCCGGAGUACGCGGUUGAAAGGUUUGCGGCUCAAAAUCCCGCUGCACGCUGCAUACUGUAGCGAAUCGCAGCUGGUCAGCGAACUCCUCUGCUGAAUCCAAGAGGCAGUUAUCGGCAUGGCAGCUGUCAUAGCUCCCGCCACAAAUGUGGCCUUGGAUUCUAGCACGCUUGAUACAGCGCCGUUGAGAGCAUUGUCAAUCACGACGGUGGCGGAGCGUUCACCGGGUUCUGCGUCCAGCCCCGCUUCGGCUGCACCUGUGUCGGGUGUCUCCACUCCGACGUCUUCGGCCGUCCCUCCAAUCGCAAUCAAGCCCAGCACAGCAAACAGUGCACCUGCAUCGGCAGCGAUGAACAUGACGGCGUCAGCUGCUCUGUCGCCAGAUUCCACGUCACAAUUCAAGACCAUGAGCAUGACUAGUAAGGAAUGGAUUGUACCUCCGCGGCCUAAACCGGGGCGCAAGCCGGCCACUGACACCCCGCCAACCAAACGCAAGGCUCAGAACCGGGCGGCGCAGAGGGCGUUCCGGGAACGCCGGGCAGCCCGCGUGGGAGAGCUAGAGGAACUACUCGAGGAGGAGAGAGCAAGUCAUACUCGGACGGUUCGGGAAUUGCAGGGCCGGAUAAGUCAUCUCGAGAUCGAGACGCAGACGCUACAAUCAAGAUGUCAAUGGCUGGAGUCGAUGCUGGAGAAGGAACGGCAAGGCCGUGGUAGCAUGGCAGCGAGCUGGGACAACACCCAACCUCGGGCGACGGCAAGGAAUGACGACUUGAUGCCCGCACAGGCGGGAGGACAUCCAGAAUCAACCGAGCUCUCGAAGGCGAUGCGUUCACUGCAGCCGGCACCGCCAAUGAAUGUUGCUGCGCAGUCGAUUCCGAUCGCAGAACCCCGGCCCAUAGGCCAACCAUUCUCCAUCUCCCAGAUUGUCUCAUCCCCACAGGAGGAAAGGACGGUGAAUCUGGGCUGUGGCAGUUGCCAGACCAACGGCACUUGUGCAUGCGCCGAGGAGGUUCUCCGGAAUACAGACAUCGCCAUGGGCUGCGGCAAAUGCUCGCUGGGCACCAGGUGUGAAUGCCUCGAGGAGACCCUCGGAGCAUCUAUGAGUGGCCCUGACCUCAAACGACCACUCCCUCCAAGUUCACCCCCAUCGACAUCACCAGAAGAAAAGCGGCAGCGAUCAGAUGCUCGCAUCACCAUGGAAAUGGACUUUACCACGAUGUUCUCUUCGCAAAGACCUAAGGAUUUGUUGAAGUCCGUCCUUCCACCACAGGGCCAACCGCAGCACCAGCCGCUCGCCUCCAUAGAGCCUAGGGACCCCUGCGGCUUUUGCAAGGAGGGCACGUACUGUGUAUGCGCCGACACGAUGAUCACAUCUAGUUCCAUGGCAGGGCCCUCAAGUCAGCAAGUGGUGGAGCAGACACAGACGCAGACCCCUCCGCCCUCCGAUACCGAUGUUGUUCCGCUGGCUAUGGAGGUCACAGCAACAGGCGCUAUCAAACUUCCCGGUCUGCGGUCGCUCCAGCAAGCUCGCACCACCAAGCCUCCGGGAAGUACAGGCGGCGGGUGCGGCCCCAACGGCCCCGGAACCUGCGCGCAAUGUCUGGCCGACCCCAAAUCUGGCCUGUUCUGCCGUUCUUUGGCAGCCAGUUUUGAAAAGAACAACUCCGGGAGCAACGGCAGUGGUUGCUGCGGCAAUGGUGGCCCUGAGGGUUGCUGCAAGUCCCAACGACGUCAAUCACAACUAGGCGGGGAGAUGGACGCGGCCGGAACCUCCAAUUCCAGUCCUGGCUUCAGUCUCAGCCUUUCCUGCGCCGAUGCGUAUAAAACGCUGGCAAGUCAUCGGCACUUUGACGAAGCAGCUGAUGACAUCGGCUCCUGGAUACCGAAACUCAAGGCUUUGCCUGUCCCGCGUCCCGGACCUGGCCACGUAGGAGGCCGGGCCCGAGCGCGAGAUGGACGGGCACCAAUCGAGGUGGAGGCGGCAAGUAUCAUGAGCGUGCUCAAGGACUUUGAUGUACGGUUUGGCAGAGGCGAGUGAGCGAUUAAUGAUUCAUCAAGCAUUCUACCGGCCAGCGAGGGGAAGAGAGGCUGCAGUCGCGGAAAAAUUGCUGGUGAUCCCGUGCAGGAAGGGGAAGUCAUGUGCCUCCCCGCUCCUUGGUUUCUGCCAGGGUG